AUUUAUUAUAGGUAUUAAACAUUUUUUACUUCUUUUCAGGUACAAAAAUCGAUAUCUUUUUUUUCUAAGUGUUAUUAAUUAAUAGGGAACAAAAUUGAGUGAGAAUGUUUUCAAAAAAGAAAAAGAAGCCAUUAAUUUCACCACCAAGUAAUUUUGAACACAGAGUCCACACUGGUUUUGACAAACAGGAGGGCAAGUUUGUGGGACUGCCACUACAAUGGGCUUCACUUGUUGGAAAUAAUCAGAUAUUAAAAUCAACUAACAGGCCAUUACCUUUAGUCGAUCCCUCAGAAAUUACACCCACCGAGAUUUUAGAUUUAAAAACAGUGGUUAGAGGUGAACAUAGAGUGACUUCUGUAUCCUCAAUUGCUCGUCCAAUGUCUACUACUAUACCAACACAGCCAAUACAGAAUGGUGUUGUUCUGCCGAAGACCUCAAAUGUUGCCAGGUCAAAUUCUUUGAGAAGUACUAGCCCACCACGGAUACGAAGAGAUUUACGCAAUCAGGCUAAUGUGCCUCCACCUGUACCUGAAGAAUCGCCACCAGUGCCACCUGCACCACAUGAAGAAUCACUUCAUAAAGCCUUUAUGAGAAAAAUUAUGUCAGAUUACGACUGGGCAGGCCAACAGGUUGAUCCAUCAGUUAGACCAGGCACAGAGCACAAUGACAAUCAUAAUCCAGCUUUGACAUACCAGAAUAUACAAAAUGCUAAUGUACCUUAUCAACAUAAUCAUCCACCUCAGCAAAUACCUCAUAAUGUACAUCAAGGGCUCAAUGGGAACAAUAUUAAUAGAGUGGAUGCAUACCCAGCACCAGCGUCUCAACAUCAUCACCAGCAUGGGGGGGUUCCAGUGGCUUCACAACAUCUUCCACUAGCAUCAAAGCAUGAGCUACGACUGACUCAUGAACAGUUCCGAGCUGCCCUGAGGCUGGUAGUCAGUGAAGGUGACCCACGUUGCACACUGACUGGCUUCAGUAAGAUUGGGGUGGGCAGUACAGGCGUGGUCUGCGCUGCCACAGACACUUUGACCUGCCGCCGCGUCGCCGUUAAGAUGAUGAACUUGCUCAAGCAACAGAGGCGAGAGUUACUUUUCAAUGAAGUGGUGAUAAUGCGUGACUACCCACAUCCGAAUAUAGUGGAGAUGCAUGCGUCGUACUUAGUGGGCGACGAGCUGUGGGUGGUGAUGGAGUACAUGGCGGGCGGCGCACUCACGGACAUCGUCACAAGGCAUUCGGUCAAGAUGGACCCUGAGCAGAUCGCUACUGUUUGCAAACAGUGCCUCAAGGCAUUGGCAUUUCUUCAUGGUCAAGGCGUUAUUCAUAGAGACAUUAAAUCAGAUUCUAUACUUAUGACGGCGGACGGACGGGUCAAGUUAUCGGAUUUCGGUUUUUGCGCUCAAGUUUCACAAGAAUUACCAAAGCGUAAGUCGCUUGUGGGAACGCCAUAUUGGAUGUCACCUGAAGUUAUAUCGAGAUUGCCAUACGGCCCUGAAGUAGAUGUAUGGUCUUUGGGUAUUAUGGUAGUGGAGAUGGUUGAUGGAGAACCUCCAUUCUUCAACGAACCACCUCUACAGGCGAUGCGGCGUAUCCGCGACAUGCCGCCGCCCCGGCCGCGGCUGGCUGCGCGCUGCCCGGCCGACCUGCUGGCGUUCAUCGACUGCGCGCUGGUGCGGGACCCCGCGCAGCGGCAGUCGGCGGCGCGGCUGCUGCACCACCCGUUCCUGCGGCGCGCCGGCCCGCCCGCGCUGCUGGUGCCGCUCAUGCCCCACAACCAGCACCAUCCGCCUCAUCCGACUCAUCAGCACCCUGCGCCCCCGCCCCAUCCCCAUCCCCACCUCAAGCCCCAUCCGCAGCAACAUCUUCAACCGCACCACCAUUCGAAUGAACAAUGAAGAAGACAAUCCCACCUCGCAGCUGAUACAGAAGAAAACAAAUCUUGUUGCUUAUUUAUACAUGUGAGUUAAUGUUAUAUGAUAAGCCAAAGUUGUUAUAAAUACAACUUAUUACUUUUCUUGUUUACAAAUCUACACUAUAUUAUUAUAACCAGUGAAAUCAUUCCAAUUACUAUAAAAUAUAUGUAAUCAUAUAGUAAAUAUUUUGUUCGUUGUAUUUUUUACUAUAGAUCUUUGAAUUUCAAUUAUAAUGGUAUUUUUCUUUUAAUUGAACUUUGUAUGUAAUGCUACGAAUAUAUAUAUUUUCCAAGAUUUAUCUACCAAUGAUAACAUUCCUUACUUUUUUUCAUUAUAAAUAUUCCAUUUAAUUCAUAUAAGAUCAUUUAUUAAUGAAUUGUAUUGUAAUAUUUUUGUUAUAUUAUUUUUGAUGUGUGUUAUUGCCAUAAAAUAAAUGUUUGUUGGUUUUGAGGAUUGUUGUAGUAAUAGUACAACAGUAAUUUGCAAUCAAUUUAUUUUUGUAUUUGCGCAGCUCUUACGAGUAUUAUAUAAAUUUUUUAGUAGUGUUAAGUAUUAUUGUUAGGAGCUAGAUUGUUGGAGAUACCCCAAUAAACAUAAGAGAUGGAGAAACAGAAUGCAUGUAGACAUAAUUUUAUAUACCUGACGACUAUUUCAAAGGUUUUUUUAAAAUAAAAUAUGGUGUAAACGGUAUGCUGUAAUAUAGUAAAAAAAGUCACAAUAGUAUCUAUGUAUAGGUUCGGCAUACACAUUACUUAGAUAAUGUUAUUUCGUUGCCUUUACAUCAAGUGUCUUAUCUAAAUUAUAUACUUUUAUAAUAACUUAUCAUCGUAUUAUCAUAUUAUUAGUUAAAUAUAUUUAUAAUUAUAUUAAUUUGUUUAAAAAUUUUUAAUUGUCAUAAUCACACUUAAUAUUUUAAUACAUGACAAUUUUUGAUAUUAAAAAUGAAACCUAUUUUAAUAAAUGACUAUUUUAAAGAUGCGUUCUAUGCAUGAGUAAUUAAUGUGUGAACGUUAGUAAAAUCUUUUUGAAAUCAGUAUUAAAUGACAAAUCGCUUAUGUACUUAUAUUGUUAUGAAGACGCGUUGUACUUAGGUGGUGUUUUAUAUUCGACGUUAAUAUUUAUUAAUAAAGUUUCAUUUCAUCUACAUUCCCAAUAAAUGUUAAUUAAUUAUUUUGUAUGAAGAUUGUGGUAUGAUACCAGCUGAUGAAAAAAAUAUAUUGAGAAUUGUCCGUACAUAAUAAAUUGGUCAUCUUCCAGCGAUAUUGCUAUGAUAUUUUUUAAAUAGGCCUGAAUUGUUGAGGUGAGAUCCGUCAGACUACGAUAUGAAUUGUUCUAUCACUGGAGUUUACAUUCGCCCACAUUCAAUAGUACUCAGGAUUGUAAUCUUACAUAAGCAAAAGAAGAAAUAUAUUUCUAAAAAUUCAAAUAUUGAACUGUGAUUUUACCGAUCCAAUUUUGUAUAAAUUAAAUAAUGUGUUCAGAAUAAAUGUUGAAUUUAGAGUCGAAAACAAUUUAAAAUGUACUAUCUAUCCGUAUAGGUCUUCUGUUUUGAUUUCAUAAAAAACUAAUACAUUUACAUUUUGCAUAUGUAUACUAGUAAUUUGUAUAAAAACUAUGCAAUAUUAAACAAAGAAUCAAAAUAGGAGAUCUAUUUAGAUCUACGAAUAUGUAGAUAAGUAUUUAAACCAUGUUUGUUAAAAUAUGGUCGUCACGAGUGGUCAAAUGAAUUUAAUUUUACCCGAAUUCUUGAUUUGGGUCGUUGUAAAAUAUAGUUAACUAUUGAAAUUUCUAGUCUGUGCUAUAGCAACUAAUGUUGUUGAAAUGUUUUAACUCUUAUUUCACACGAGUAUUGAUUUACUUCAGAUUAUGAAUUCAUAUAGAAAAAUAAUGCCUGUGAUAUAAAUAUUUAAAAUCCACCAUUACUAUGUUGAGUAUUUAUUAGUAUGACAUCAUACCGAGAUUU